GAGAGAGAAUUCGAGGUAGCAGAGAAAAGGGACUGGGAUCUUGCUCCAGUGUGCUGUAGCCACACUGCUCCUACUGCAGAGAAGUUUUUAAGUUGUUCGUUUUUUUUUUUUUUUUUUUUCCAUCCUCCCGGUGGCAUUAUGGGGUGGGUCGGUUUGGCCUGGCUCUCUGCUCUGCUGUUCCUGUCUGCUUCGUCUCAACUGCCUGACACUGACAAAGGCCGGAAGAAGAUUGUCCAUGUGCUAGAGGAUGAAAGCGGGGCAGUUAUCGUGCAGACUGCCCCAGGGAAGGUGCUGACUCACCGGGGCGGCUCCAUCACCCUGCCCUGUCGCUACCACCAUGAGCCGGAGCACACGAACCCCGCGCGGACCCGGGUGAAGUGGACCAAGGUGACGGACGCGCUGGUCUUCGAGGACGUGUUCGUCUCUCUCGGCCGGCAGCAGCGGGCCUUCGGGACCUACCGUGGGCGUGUCUCGCUGCAGGGUGCGGGGCCGGGGGACGCCUCCGUGCAAAUCCACAACGUGACUCUGCAGGACUACGGCCGCUACGAGUGUGAGGUCACCGAUGACAUGGAGGACGACACCGGCUUCGUCAACCUCGACCUGGAAGGAGUGGUGUUCCCGUAUCACUCCCGGCUGGGACAUUACAAGCUCAAUUUCCACGAGGCCGCAGAGGUGUGCGCUGAGCAGGACGCCAUCCUGGCUUCGUACCCUCAGCUCCACGCGGCCUGGCUGGACGGGCUGGACUGGUGCAAUGCGGGCUGGCUGGAGGAUGGCUCGGUCCAGUACCCCAUCUCCCGGCCGCGGGACGAGUGCGGCCGCAAGGGGACCCCCGCCGGCGUGCGCAACUACGGCUACCGCCACAAAGACAGCGAGCGCUACGACGCGUUCUGCUUCACCUCCAACCUCAACGGCGAGGUGUACUUUCUGAAGACCUACAAGAAGCUGGCAUUCGGGGACGCUGUGAAGGCCUGCGAGCUGGACGGCUCUACGGUGGCCAAGGUAGGCCAGCUCUACGCCGCUUGGAAACUCCAGCUCCUGGACCGGUGCCAGGCAGGCUGGCUCGAGGACGGGAGUAUCCGCUACCCCAUCGUGAACCCGCGGGCGCGCUGCGGGGGGCCAGAGCCGGGGGUCCGCAUGCUCGGCUUCCCCGACAGGAAGUUCCGCCUCUACGGGGUCUACUGUUACCGGAAGAACCAGGACGCGGGUGGCAAUGAGAUAAUCGGCAACGCAUCAGCAAAGACACGCAGCCAGGUCACCAGCACGGGGCCUACUAACAUCUAAGAGGAGCCAGGAGGGGCCACUCUGACUGUGUGCCCCUUUAUAUACACAGCCGCUUUCAUUAACAAACUCUUUAUCGCUGCCACACAUUAUGACCGCUAAGCACUGUAUUGCCUAGUAUGCAGUACAUUGCACAAUUAUUUAGUGAUUUUAAAUGCACUUGCACAAUUAUUUAUAAACAAACUGUAAAAUGGAUUGAUUUGAACAACCAAUACUUGUUAAGCCACCUCUGAAGGUUUUUUCUUUUAUAGAACAUUUUACAGCAACAGGGACCUCAUGCAAUCCAGGUGUGCUGUAAAAUGCUCUGAGCUAUAGCAAGUCACUAUUGCAUAGAAAGGCCAGUUGUGUUGGUCAUAUCAAGCCCACAGCAGAAUCAGCAAAAAGUGGCACGUGAACAUAUAGGGGUUGACAGCAUGUGCAGAGGUGACGUCACAGGGGAGGGCAUUUUAGCGGGGUGUCAACACCUUAUCAAAUCUGAAAACUGGACUUAAAUAUGUCAAAUAAUAGUUUUAUACUAAACUAUUCCCAUAUGGUAAGGUCAAGUUUCCAUAAGAGGAGGAGAUCUUAAAUAGUAAGUGGCUUUAAUUGGGUUAUUCUUUCAGCUAUUUGAUGGUGCGCACAGUCACUUUGAGCUUCUUCGAGCUUGAGCAGUAGAGAGUGUCAGCACUUAGGAUCUUUAGCACAAAUUCAAAGCAGAGUUAGCGGCAGAUUUAGAGAAGAACGAUAAUAACUUAAUAAUGAAGAGCAGAAGCCAAAAGCACAACUGGAUGAAGCACAGCAUGAUGGUAAAUAGCACAGCAAGCAAUUCAAAUGCUGUUUGAAGAUCCUCACCAUUGUAGUGUCAAGCGUCUUGCAGCUCAAGUAAUCACGCCCCUGAUACAUUUAUUCUGAACUCUGAACCAAUCAAAGAACAUUCUUAUGGGUGAUGAUGUAUUUGCUAUAUCCCAGAUAAAUAGCUCACAAAACCACAAAUCAGAUUUGGAGCAGUGUUCUUUACAUCUGGUCCGCUAUCCAGUCCAGGUCUUUGUUUCAACCAGCAGAUCUAAUUUAAUAAUUUAAAGGCAGAGUAGCUGAUUUAGAACAGUUACUGUAGACCACUGUGCAGCACCUCCUUCAUUCUAGAAUGCCCUUUCCCUGAACCAUGUGAUCAGGUCUCACCUGCCUGCCAUUGUCUGGCUGGAGUGGAUCUCCUCUUGUGUUCUUCCUCUGUUCUAUGUAACUCAUUGAAGCCAUAGCGUUAGCGUACUGAUCAUCAUACUAACCAUUGAGAAAGGCGUUAUUAUUGUGAUCAGAAUUGACUGGACUUAAUUCCAGUGAUGUCAUAAAUAAACAGCCUGUGAAGUGUAGCGCCAAGAUUCUAGUAGCUUGUGCAAACCAUGCAGCAUUUAAACAUGCUCCAUUUCCUUUAGUUUGAAGGUGUCCUAUGUAUUUCUUUAAUAUCAGAGCAGAUGUGUUGAAUGUACAAUGUUAUCCGUAUAACAAUAAUAUUAUAUUUUUGUUUUGCUUCCUGAAUUUAGUUUAUAGACAAUACAGACGAACUGGAAAGUCAACGAGGUUUGCUUUCUCUCUGAUAAAGCAGUGCCUGGAAGGCUGCCCCCAAAAAACAAAAAAAAAACUCUAGUUGCAACCAUGUAACUAUUAGUAUGCCAUCGUCAAAAUGUGACCUUUCAAGUCACUUACUAGUAGCCAUUUAUAAAUUCAAAAUAAUAUUAUUACAGUUUAAUAAUCCAACUGACUUGAAUAGGGGAGGACCAAUAUAUUCUGGCAUUCUGACUGGCCACUUAAAUUAAGUCAGUAAUAUGGAAGACAAUGAGAGAGGUGGGGGUCCUUCAGCCAUAUCUUACGCCAGAAUAUCGUUCUCAAAUCAUAUUGGAAACCAAUGUUAAAAAACCGAAUCAUUGUGACAUCAUUUUAACAGCAUUUGUUGUAUUUUAUUAGUGCUGAGGCGUGUGAUAAGUGUCUCAACAGUAGGGGGCGCUGUUGUAGCAGAUGUUUGCACAGCAGUCUCCUCUUGAGUCACAUGAUGUAAUGACUGUACAGUUACAUUGUAAUCUCUGCAGGUCUCUGCACAUCUGAAUGUACUUGCAAUGUAAUAAUAAUAACACGUUAAUGAUG